AUGGUACCAGAGGGCAGUAGGGAGGAUUGUGCAGGACACAGGCAGCACAGGGAGAUGGUCAGGUGUCAGGGGAGAGACCAGGCUGCAGCACUGACAGGCAGGGAGAAGCUCCAGAAUAACAUCAGGUCACAUCCGCAACUGCAGUUUUCUGUGAUUAUGGAUGGAACACAAGAUGUGUCAGGAAAGGAGCAGGAGGCAGUAUGUGUGAGAUAUGUUGAUCAUGAUCUGAUAGUUCAUGAGGAAUUUGUUGGCAUGUAUGAAGUGUCUGUGACCACAGGAGAAAACCUUGCAAAGGUUAUUAUGGAUGUUACAGAGGAAUUGGAGUGCCUCAAUACGUCUCUUCAGAGUCGUUCACAGACACUCAAUGGUAUGCUUACUGCGGUGACUUGUGUCAAAGACAGCAUAGCUGAAAAAAGAACACCUGAGAGAUUUCAAAGUAUUUACAACAGAGCAUCACAAAUGUGUGAAAAACUCAACCUGUCUCCAAUUGAAAUGCCUCGGGUCCGAAACCCUCCCAAACGCCUGGCUGGCGAGGCUGCUGCCCAUGUACCUCCUUUCUCAGUCGACUACUUCAGAACAGAAUUUUUCAAGGUUCUGGACACUGUGAGUUUGCAAUUCACAGAACGUUUUGAAAAUGAAGGGCUGCUGAUGAUCAGAAUACUUGAAAAAGUACUCUUGACAGGAGUGACAGAUGACGAUAUUUUGCUACAGUACCCAGAAGUAUACAGACCUUCUCUUCAAGUGCAGUUAGCAAUGUUCAAGUCCAAGUAUGACUUUCAGUCAAGCAGUGAGGCUGCUACCAUUCUGCAAGGAACGUUGCCAGAGGUCAGGGGUCUCUUUGAACAAGUACAAGUACUUGUGCGGUUGAUUCUUACUGUGCCUGCCUCCUCUGCUGAGGCUGAAAGAAGCUUCAGUGGUCUUCGGAGGUUAAAAACCUGGCUCCGAAGCACAAUGACACAGUCUCAGCUCAACAGUGUUGCUGUAUCAUAUCCACAAAGAUAA